AUGAAAAAUCGUGGUAAAAAUAAGAAAAAGCAAUGGAGGCACAUCUUAAAGAACCUUGGAUCAGAACUAAGUGAUGUCGCCAAAGAAAAGGCGCUAAGUUCUGGAGGUUUCGUCAUCCAGAAAAAGAACAAAGCGGCAAUCGUAAAAGGUGACAAGGAGGCGGCCAAGGAUCAUCCAGAGCUCCCUACUGCUAGCACUGCCACCAAAAAGAAAGUCUAUCGACCUGGUAAGGCCUCUGUUGUCUUUCGUGCCCUUGACGUUUGGGCCGACGAUUCGAAGGAAGGAUUCCCUGACGCUGCUCCGCAUCCAGCAUCAAAGCCAGAUUCCAUAGCCCCCAUGAUGUCGUGUGGACGUGUUUUCUCAUCUCACAAAACAUGCUUGAGUAUCGCAAUGUGCUUAUUCCAGGAGCCAAUUUGUCCGGCUGGUCAGUCCUACAAUCCCAGCGCCGUGGACCACCAGGUGUUGCUUCUGCACGUUGCCAAGGAGGAACUGAAGAAGGAGGCCGCAGAAAAUCCUCAGAGCGCCAAGCGCCUGAAGCCCAGGAAGAAGUUGGCAGUGAAGAGGAACCGACCUCAAACGGGUCUUGUUGCGAAGCCCAUGAAGGCGAAAGCCAAGGACAGAAACCCCAACUCCAAGGACCUCGCCAAGAAAAUGCAAAACGACCUUGAAAACAUCCCCAAAAUCCUCAAGGAGAUUAAGAAAGAGAAGCGUGAAUUGGCAGAACGCCGUCAAAAGCGUGAACUCCAGGCUGCCAUUCGGAAACACGAGAAGUCAGCGAAAUUCCCCAUCUCCUUCCAGCUGCCCGGCGAACUCGCCUCUUCCCUGCGCAAACUCAGGACCGAUGAAAACUGGAUGCGGGAAGUUGAAUUCAAACGCAACAAGCUUCCGCGCGCUCGCAAGACUCUCGGUACGAAAGUUGCCACCAAGACCUUUGUCCGCAGAAGCAGAGAUUCUUAA